AUGAUUCAAAAAGGUGCCUCAUCUUCUGUUUUCUUGCUCCUCGGCGGCGUGAGCUCUCUUCCUGCGGCAACGCUAGUGAGGCAUCUGGUGAAGAAGCAAAAUGUCCAUCUCCGAAAGGCAGACCUAGAUGCUGAUUGGGAAUGGGUCCGUCUGUUUGGCUCUGCGGCACCGGCAAUUCGCUCGUCUAGACAGAUUCGGAGCCCUCGACUAUUGCAUACGAUCCCGCCCUUUUAA